AUGGAUUGGUUUGGGAAACAUGGGUCGGGCAUGUAUUUCACCCUGUCGAUUAGAGUAAAGCUCAUCGUGCUCCAGGGCAUGUGUAAGAACCUCGUGUCGAAAGGAAACUUGGAGAAGCCACUCAUCAUCUUCAACCGCACAAAGCAACGUGCCGAUGAUCUCAAUGCAAAGCUAGGCACCGGAAAAUCUGUUGUAGCGUCAGAGUUGGGCGAUGCGGUGCAAAAGGCGGACAUUGUUUUCACCUGCCUUGGUGACGAUACCGCUAUCACUGACGCCAUUGCGACCGCUUUGAAGCAGGAUGUCAAGGACAAGUUGUUUGUGGACUGUUCGACCGUCCACCCGUCGACUACAGGAACAAUUGCAAACUCAAUUGAAUCACAAGGGGCUGAGUUCGUGAGCUGUCCUGUAUUUGGGGCCCCUGCGAUGGCGGAAAGUGGGCAGCUUGUCUGUGUUUUAGCAGGCCCUUCAUCCGCUACAGACAAGGUCAAGCCGUAUUGCAAGGGAGUCAUGGGCCGCGCGAAUAUUGACUUCAGUGACCAGCCUCAGCAAAAGGCAUCUUUACUAAAGAUCAUUGGCAAUACUUUCAUCCUGAACAUGAUUGAAAGCGUGUCUGAGGGUCAUGCGCUUGCUGAAAAGAGCGGUUUGGGGAAUGAGAAUCUCCAUCAGUUCAUCGAGAAUCUUUUCCCGGGGGUAUAUACAGCAUACUCUGGUCGUAUGAUGAGCGGGGAUUACUACAAGCGGGAAGAGCCCCUUUUCGGUGUAGACUUGGCACGAAAGGAUGCUAAGCAUGCUAUGGACCUUGCUCAAGCAUCAGGAACCAGGAUGAAGGAUAUCGAGGUCGCUGAUGGCCAUCUCACAGAUGUGCAAAAACAUAUGGGAUCGAAAGGCGACAUCGCAGGUAUUUAUGGAGCGGUCAGACAGGAAGCAGGAUUGAAGUUCGAGAACAAGGAUUAA